AUGAAACGCUUCCUCAGAGAAAGCGAAACCUAUGGACCGAAGGUGAACUGGGUAGACUGGCGAACCUGGUCGAAAGACACAGGACAGCCAACGGGGGCUCUACAGGCUGCAUAUGCGAAGCUCGCCAAGCGGGCUGAAAGCGUAGCAGCCUCUGAGGACUUGGCUGAGCUUAGAAUAUCGAACCGUAAUAGUUGCCCCCAACAAGGCAGCCGAAAUGCGGUUUUCGAGAGCCAGCCUGACGAAGGGGGAGAAAACCCCGGUCACCAGGUCUUCGGAGAAGUAGCAAGCUUACAGUAUAAUGUAGAAUCGUCUGAGGGAACGAUUGAAAUAGAAAAUCAGAGUCCUGAGGGCAACUCGCAAGAGUUGUCUCUUGCUGGGACUCGCGAACCUCAGUUGAACGACGAUCCAGUAACAAUGGAAAGUCGAACUCGUUCCCGCAGACGAACCAGAAUAACAUCUAGGCGUCGCAGAGAUGCUGUUGAAUUAGGUCAUCUGAGCUCAGAUGAUGUUUCGCUCACGCAAAACACGACUGCAGCUCCCGAGAUUCAACAGGAAGGGGAAGCGGUUUCACCGAUUCCCCGUCAUCAACCUCUGCAGAGCCGACGCUCACCUGUAAGGGAAAACGGGGAUGACUCCCAAAACCGUAGGGUGCAGCGUACUAAAGAUGUUAUUUGGACAACAAAUGAGCUAGCAAAACUAGCGUUUAUGGUCGAAAGACACCGAGAACCGGACGGUCGUAUCCGAUGGGCGGAUCUCAGAAAUACCUGGGACUGCUCACGAGUGGAAAACGAUCCUAGAAGAACUCUCAGUGCUCUCAAGGCCGCGUACGCAAAAAUCGCUAGACUCACAGAUCGAAAUGAAGCUCCUCGCUCGGAAGCAUCUAACAAUGUGCACGAAGAUGAGGAGCAACCCGCUGAAUCAAGUGUUGGCGAAUCUGUCACCUUGGUCGAUCAAGAACAUACUAGUCUUAGCGAUAACUCGGAAACGGGUGAUUCGUCGGAGACUCUCGAACAAAGACUAAGGGAACGUUUCAAUCGCUACCAUAAAAUAGCAAUUGAUUCAAAAGACAGACAGCCAAUAAGGAGGCCUAGGGAAGAAAUUCCUGAUGGCAUUCUGCAACUCGGUAAUCAAAUCCUUAGGGAAAAACUGGGGCGCAGAAACUCCACCAACAAGCGUACUCUCACAGCAUUGAACGCUGCGGUGUAUGCUAUAGGCAAAGCAAUCACCAGUGUAUUGCUGGAUGAUGCUGCCGAAAAAGCGGGUAAAAAAUACCAAAAACUGAGGGAAGCGAAGGCAUUGAGAGAUUCUUUGAUACGAACCAUCUCUAUAGUCUCGCAUGAACUCAAAAGAAGGUCUACAGGCAAUAGAGGUGCUCCAACUAAGCAGUACCUCGAAAUUGCAAGACUACACAGAGUUACGACGACCGCAGAGGUCCAACGACUCCUGAUUAGAUUCAAGGAUGAGUUGAAGAUCGUAACUUCUGAUGUAGAGACCAAACAGCAAGCCCUGCGACGUUUACGAGAGCGGCAACGGGGAUACCCGGCUGUCGCAAGAGAACCUCGGGAAAAGGAAUCUGACGUUCCGGUUGCAGAAGUGCGUGAGCACUGGAAAGCCAUCAUCGGCGAAACGCAACCCUUCCAUCCUUCAGAUGACUUGAACGAGUGGGCUCGCGAACAACAAACGGAUAGCAGGGAUGUUGGAGACCUGAGCGACGAAUCAUGGGCGAAGAUCUUCUCGAAGAUCAAGCCCUGGAAAGCUACAGGUCCUGACGGAAUACAAGGGUUCUGGUGGAAAAAGCUGCCAGAAGCCAAAGAAAGGCUAAAAGCGUGGUGCCUUGAAGCAUUACGCAAGCCACAUAGAAUAAUCCCAAAUUGGGUAUGUAGAGGAAAGAUUGUUCUGAUUCCAAAAGGAAACUCUGAGGCCCGUGGCCCAGGAGAUUUCCGACCUAUAGCAUGUUUGAACACAUGCUAUAAAGUGCUGACAGCCAUGAUUGCACAACAGAUCCUACAAAGUGCAGGAGAUGCGCUCCCUCGGGAGCAAGUCGCCCUGCGCAAGGGAGUCUGGGGUUGCACUCACGCGCACAUACUGGAUCAGACAAUCUGUAAAGACGCCUUAAGGCGCAAAAACACACUACAUACCUUGUGGGUGGAUAUGACGAAAGCCUUCGAUUCUGUAUCCCACGGCGCUAUCAAAUGGAUUCUGAAGAGAGCUGGAGUGCCAUCUCUUACGAGAAGGCUACUAUCAGUGAUCUUAACGAAACAAAGUGUCCGGUAUUGUGGAUAUCAGAACGGAAAGCUGGUCAAAAGUGAACCUUUAGAGGUUAAGAGGGGUGUGAUGCAAGGUGAUACCUUAAGUCCACUUCUCUUUUGCAUGGCGAUUGCUCCUAUAUCGACGUGGCUGCGCAAUAACGUUAGCCCGUACCGAACAUCUACAGGAGCCCUAACACUAGCAUGCGAACCUCUUACCAUCAACCAUAUUUUCUAUAUGGAUGAUCUGAAGGUUUACUCACCCAGUUGGGAUGAUAUAGUAAAAGCCAAAGAAGGCAUACAAAGAGUGGCAGGUGAGCUUGGACUUCGGUUGAAUCCCAGCAAGUGCGCUGUGAAUUCGCUGAACCAGCCCCGCCCAAAUGAAAUGACACCUAGUAUGGAUGACAUACCCGUACUAGGGUCAAACUCGCUCUACAAAUAUUUGGGAGCAGAACAAACUUCUCUAAUUAGCUGGGAUCAACUGUGGUCACGAGUUAGAACGAACGCUAUGGCUACGGCGAGAAGGAUUAUGCUCAGUGAUCUUGCGGUUCGCCAAAAGGUCAAUGGGUAUAACCUGAUCGUAAUCCCAAAGCUGAAGUAUGCGAUCUCGUGCAUUAUCUACGGAAACGGAAGAUUUUGCACAAUGAGAAAGCAGGCUAGAGAGUUUGAUGAAGCCAUACGCAAGUUGCUGGCAGAAACGCACAUGCGAUUCGGACACAGCUGCGUGGCAAGGUUGUAUGUCAAUAAAGAACAGGGGGGACUGGGACUAAAGUCUGCCGAGGAAGAGAUGGAACACACCAUUGUGUAUACAUGGUGCUAUCUCGCAUCCCACCCAGACUUCCAGGUACCCUACCAUCUAUGCGAAAGCUUAAAAAGCAGCAACAAGCGAUCACUCAUCUCUGACUUCCUCUCUGUCAUAACAGAGAACAGAUUGGAGAAUGAGAUAACUCGCCCUGCUCAGUCUUCCAUUUGUGUGAGGAACAAAAUUUACGUGACAGCUACAAGUGCUGCACGUGCAAUUUCGACCCUCGUUCACGAACGAUGGGCGAAUACACGAAUGCAUGAAUGGUUGCAAAGGCAGGUAGCGAGUCGAGUGCUAAGUAGCAAUGAAAACACCGGACUCCCAUACGUCUGUCACAAGGAUUCGUUCCUGUGGUCGCAGACAGGAUGGGUGUCUUCGACGGUGCUACGAAACGCUUGGGCUGCACAAGAA